AUGAAUGUACCUUUUCCGAUCAUCAUAAAUAUAAUUUCACAAAAGAAGAUCUUUAUCCUACAGACUCCGCAAGUUCCACACCCGAUACCUUCUGGUAUCCCUCAAUCUCAUAAAAUAAAACUUCAGAAUCGAGAGCGGGUGAUUUAUAAUGUGGAGUCCUUACCAAAAAAGAUUUCGCAAAAACAAACCUGCGCCUCAACCACCAUAUUUGAAGAGGGAAUUUAUUUUUCAGAGGAUGAAAACAAACUAACAUUAGAAUUACCCAAAAAUAUUGAUCCUGACGAUCAUCGCAAAGUUAUUAGGUGA